AUGGUGCCCUAUGAGUGCAUGAUGAGACAGACAGAGGCUCAACAGAAUGGGAGUAUGCCCAACCAUAUUUAUGCAAAGAAAGAAUCUGAUCUUAGUGGAGCACAGAUCAAGCUUCGAGAAUAUGAGGCAGCACUGAAUUCUAAAGAUGCAGCUCUGGCUACUGCACUUGGUGACAAAAAGAGUUUAGAGGGAGACUUGGAAGAUCUGAAGGAUCAGCUUGCCCAGUUGGAAGCCUCCUUAGCUGCUGCCAAAAAACAGUUAGCGGAUGAGACCUUACUUAAAGUUGAUUUGGAGAAUCGCUGUCAGAGCCUCACUGAGGACUUGGAGUUCCGCAAAAGCAUAUAUGAAGAGGAGAUUAAUGAGACCAGAAGGAAGCAUGAAACGCGCUUGGUAGAGGUGGAUUCUGGGCGUCAGAUUGAGUACGAGUAUAAGCUGGCUCAAGCCCUUCAUGAGAUGAGAGAGCAACAUGAUGCCCAAGUGCGGAUGUACAAAGAAGAGCUCGAGCAGACGUACCACGCCAAACUUGAGAAUGCCAGACUCUCUUCAGAGAUGAAUACUUCUUCUGUCAACAGUGCUAGGGAAGAGCUGAUGGAAAGUCGGAUGAGAAUUGAGAGCCUUUCAUCUCAGCUUUCCAACCUACAGAAGGAGUCUAGAGCAUGUUUGGAAAGGAUUCAAGAAUUGGAGGACUUGCUUGCUAAAGAAAGGGACGCCUCUCGCCGCAUGCUGUCUGACAAAGAGAGAGAGAUGGCGGAAAUACGGGAUCAGAUGCAGCAACAGCUGAACGACUACGAGCAGCUUCUUGACGUGAAGCUGGCUCUGGACAUGGAAAUCAGUGCCUACAGAAAACUCCUGGAAGGAGAGGAAGAGCGGUUGAAGCUCUCUCCAAGCCCUUCUUCUCGCGUGACCGUGUCGCGAGCCUCCUCAAGUCGCAGCGUCCGCACAACUCGAGGAAAGCGGAAGAGGGUUGACGUGGAGGAAUCCGAGGCGAGCAGUAGUGUCAGCAUCUCGCACUCCGCCUCAGCCACUGGGAACAUUUGCAUUGAAGAGAUUGAUGUGGACGGGAAAUUUAUCCGCCUGAAAAACACUUCUGAACAGGAUCAACCAAUGGGAGGCUGGGAGAUGAUCCGAAAAAUAGGAGACACAUCGGUCAGUUAUAAAUAUACCUCAAGAUAUGUGCUGAAGGCAGGCCAGACUGUUACAAUCUGGGCUGCAAAUGCUGGUGUCCCAGCCAGUCCUCCCACGGACCUCAUCUGGAAGAACCAGAACUCCUGGGGCACUGGCGAAGAUGUGAAGGUCAUAUUGAAAAAUUCUCAGGGAGAGGAGGUUGCUCAACGAAGUACAGUCUUUAAAACAACCAUACCUGAAGAGGAGGAGGAGGAGGAAGAAGCCCCUGAAGUGAUUGUAGAGGAAGAACUGUUUCACCAGCAGGGAGCCCCAAGAGCAGCCAACAAAAGCUGUGCAAUUAUGUGAAGUCCGUGACCUUCCUCAGAGACGCCUGGUGACCCGCACCGACACGCGGUGCAGGGCCUUCUCCAAGCACAGGAUAUUCUUAUAUUUCCUUUAUGUGAAUUUUUAAGCUGCGAAUCUGAUGGCCUUAAUUUCCUUUUGACACUGAAAGUUUUGUAAAAGAACCCAUAUCCAUACAUUCUGUUAAAAGAUGUGAAUUAUUGACACUGAACUAACUGUACUGUUUGAAAAGGGUCCUUCAAAAUUUUUGACUUUUUUUGUAUGUGUGUGGUUUUUUGUUUUUAGUUCUUACGGGGAGGUCAAGUCAAUAAACCACUGUGUGUCCCAAUUAA